AUGGCAACCUUUGUGCAGCUCCUGGUGUCACAGGCGGAGCAGGUGGUUUUGCGUCUCUUCAAGGCAGAGCGUGGCGAGGGGCCCGGCUCCUUCCUGGAGGCGCCACGGACGGAGAAGCUGCUGGAGCGGGGCGAGGGAAGCGGGCUGCGCUAUGGGUUGGGCGCCAUGCAGGGCUGGCGGGCACACAUGGAGGAUGCUCACACAGCUCAGUCCCAGCUGCCAGGUGCCCUGGCCACCUGGGCCUUCUUUGCCGUGUAUGACGGGCACACGGGCAGCACGGUGGCGCAGUUCUGCACCCACCACCUGCUGGGGGAGGUGGUAGUGGGCGAGGCCUUCACAGGGGAGGCGAAGUCGCCUGAGGCGGUGAAGGAGGCGGUGCGGGAGGGCUUCCUGAGCAUCGACAGCCGCAUGCAGGUGCUGGCCCGCGCUGAGGGGUGGGAGCACGCUGGCUCCACCGCCGUGGCCGUGCUGGUCUCGCUGGGCCACCUCUACUUCAUCAACCUGGGCGACUCGCAGGCGCUGCUGUGCCGGGCCAGCUGCCUCACCUUCUACACAGAGGACCACAAGCCCAGCCGGCCGCGGGAGCGGGAGCGCAUCGAGAACGCCGGUGGCACCGUCCUGCUGCAGCGUGUCAACGGCUCCUUGGCCGUCUCCCACGCCCUGGGCGACUUUGACUACAAGGCUGUGGCCUGGGGGGGGGGGCAGACGGAGCAGCUGGUGUCACCCGAGCCCGAGGUGUACGAACUGGCGCGCUGCCCUGGCGAGGACGAGUUCCUGGUGCUGGCUUGCGAUGGCGUCUGGGACGCCUUCGACACCGAGGGGCUCUGCGCCUUCGUCCGCUCCCACCUGCUGCUCGGUGCAGACCCACAGGCCGUGUGCAAGGAGGUCCUGGACGCUGGGCUCUACAAGGGAAGCCACGACAACAUGACCUGCAUGGUGAUGUGUUUCCGGGGGGGCCCUGGCAUCUCCCAGGCUGCCCUGCAGAAGGAGAGGGAGCUGGACGCACACCUGGAGAGCUGGGUGGCAGGGACCUGUGAUGAGCGGCGCCCCCCCUGCUGA